UUUCCUCCCUGUACUUUGUAUGCUUUUCCUAUUAUAUUACACCACACCUCUCUGUUUGUUUUCUUGCUUGGCCCUUCAACCUACUUCUCCUCUCCUUUAACCAAAGGAAGAAAGAGAGAGAGCAGAAACCAACCCGAGAGUGAUUCCAAAUUCUCCAAUUCACAACUUCUGCAUUUCACUUCAGAUUUUGCAGAAACGUUAGUUUUCUUCUCAUCUCGAAUUUUUGCGAAAACCAAAAUGGGAUUUUUAUAAAGUUCUCUCAAGAAAAAUCACUUCAGAUUUUGCAGAAACGUUACUUUUCUUUAUUUUCCAUCUUUAUCUUUCAAAUUCUAAAUUGGGUUUUGCUGAAAAUAAUCUAUAGUAUUCAUCUUAAGCAUGAAAAGUUUUUCACCUUCCUGAAUACUGAGAAGGUUUGAGUUUUUUACUUUGAUGGAUUCGAAUCCAAAGAUGAGAAAGGAAUUUCUUGACUCAACAAGAUCAUCUCCAUUUCCAGAUGAAGUACUGGAACGAGUUCUUUCACUCUUGAAAUCACACAAAGAUCGUAGCGCAGUCUCUUUAGUAUGCAAGGAUUGGUACAACGCAGAGAGCUGGUCAAGAACUCAUGUUUUUAUAGGAAACUGUUAUUCAGUCUCUCCUGAAAUUGUUGCACGUAGAUUCCCAAGAAUUAAGAGUGUGACUCUCAAAGGGAAGCCGAGAUUUUCUGAUUUUAAUCUGGUCCCUGAAAACUGGGGAGCUGAUGUUCAUCCUUGGCUUGUAGUUUUUGCAGCAAAGUAUCCGUUUAUGGAAGAGUUAAGGCUUAAGAGAAUGGCUGUUAGCGAUGAAAGUUUGGAGUUUUUGGCUCUUAAUUUUCCUAAUUUCAAGGUUCUUUCUCUUUUGAGCUGUGAUGGGUUUAGUACUGAUGGGCUUGCUGCUAUUGCCACUCAUUGCAAGAAUUUGACUCAGCUUGAUAUACAAGAGAAUGGCAUUGAUGACAAGAGUGGCCACUGGUUAAGCUGCUUCCCUGAAAACUUCACAUCAUUGGAAGUACUAAACUUUGCCAACUUGAACACUGAUGUCAAUUUUGAUGCACUUGAGAGGCUUGUAAAUCGGUGCAAAUCACUGAAGGUUCUGAAGGCCAACAAAAGUAUUUCCUUGGAACACCUGCAAAGGCUGCUGGUUUGUGCUCCACAGUUAACAGAACUUGGUACUGGUUCAUUCAUGCCAGAGCUUACAGCUUGCCAGUAUGCUGAGCUUCGAAGUUCAUUUAACCAGUUGAAGAAUUUAAAUACCCUUUCUGGUUUAUGGGAGGCAACAGCACCAUACUUACCAGUUCUCUAUCCUGCCUGUACAAACUUGACUUUCUUAAACUUGAGCUAUGCUUUUCUGCAAAGUACUGAACUUGCGAGUCUUCUUUGUCAAUGUCCACGUCUUCGAUGCCUCUGGGUCUUGGACACUGUGGGGGACAAAGGUUUGGAGGCUGUUGGAUCUAACUGUCCAUUGCUUGAGGAGCUCCGUGUCUUCCCUGCAGAUCCCUUUGAUGAGGAAGUUAUCCAUGGGGUGACUGAAGCUGGGUUUCUUGCUGUGUCUUACGGAUGUCGGAGACUCCACUAUGUUCUCUACUUUUGCAGGCAGAUGACUAAUGCUGCAGUAGCCACCAUUGUGCAGAACUGCCCUGAUUUCACCCACUUCCGUCUCUGCAUAAUGAAUCCAGGCCAACCAGAUUACUUGACAAAUGAACCCAUGGAUGAAGCUUUUGGGGCGGUAGUGAGGACAUGCACUAAACUACAGAGGCUUUCUGUUUCAGGUCUCUUGACUGACCUGACAUUCCAGUAUAUUGGGCAGUAUGCCAAAAAUCUGGAAACUCUGUCAGUGGCUUUUGCUGGCAGUAGUGAUAGGGGGAUGCAGUGCAUGCUGGAAGGUUGUCCAAAGUUGAGGAAACUUGAGAUAAGGGACUGCCCAUUUGGAAAUGUAGCACUUCUUUCAGGUUUGGAGAAAUACGAGUCAAUGAGGUCACUUUGGAUGUCAGCCUGCAAUGUGACAAUGAAUGGCUGUCGGCUAUUGGCAAGGGAGAUGCCCAGAUUGAAUGUAGAGGUAAUGAAAGAGGAUGGGAGUGAUGAUUCUCAGGCUGAUAAAGUUUAUGUUUAUCGUUCUGUUGUGGGACCAAGAAGAGAUGCCCCACCUUGUGUACUGACUCUCUCAGGUUUAUAAAAUAUGCAGGAUCUCGUUCAAACAACAUGACAAGCCACAGCAUGCAAACAUGAAAAGCCACAGCAUGCAGGGAUUAGGAUGCAGUUCAUGCAGCUGAAUGACUUGGAUGGUUAACAAGGAGGAGGAUGGACAACAUACAAAGCUUAUGCAUUAAUAAUCUCCAUGGCUGCAUGCAAGUUUUCUUUAUCUACUUGAUAUCCUGAAGAGCAAGUUUCCUAUGCAGAAGUGGAUGAAGCAGCCGUCGUAAUAAUGGGUCGCUUACGAACCAAAAUCUAUCCCCACUAUGCGUUGCCAUCCUGGCCCUGUCAAGGUCCUGCAAAAACAGGAAGCACCAGGACACGUCACGUUUUCAAAUUUGCUUUCCUCAAUUAUUCGAUUCCCACUAUCAUGUAGUUAUGUUCAGGAGGUUACCUUUAUGAAGCGGGCAAUAUCUCUGUAGACUCAGUGACCAUCAAAUAUAUCGAGAGACGUUUUCUAGUU